AUGCUAAAUGCACGUGUUUCUGCUUCGUCAGUUGUUGGGGUGCGGCGAUACCCGUCCUCGCGCCUCGCGCCUCGCGGCCUGGGCCGGCGUGUUGCCUCCCUCCUGGGGACCCGUGCGAGCGCAAAGAUCAUCGUGCUCCCUGCCGUGAGCCUAAAAUCGACUCCGGGCACCGUUGUAAUCACGGCCCGAGCUAGUGCAUCGUACCUCAGAGCGCAUCUGUGCCUUUUCGCUUCCCAGCCCACCCGCCCGAAGCUGGUGGCAGGCGGCGUGGGUCACGCCAGCUGUGGCACGACCGUCAGCAGUGAACCUUAUGCGCGCUGUCGCAAAAUGUCCAGGCUCGCUGCUCUAUGCUAUCAUGUCGCGGUGCGAGGGCUCUGUGCACACGACAGCGAUGUUGCGCCCAUCAAGCCCCUGAGCUUCGCCCACAUCUUUAGCGGGGUGGCGGACGCAGAUCACAGCGUCCCAGAGAAGCAGAAGAGAUGGCUCAUAUCGCAGCCGGCGCUGCGGGAAGGGGUGGGCAAGUUCUUGGGCCUUACGUCUGGGAAGGAUGUGGGGGUGAUGCAGAUCAAGUGGAAGAAACGUAUGACUGCGCUGAGGAGUCUACUGGGCGCCUGCAAGGACGCCCACAGCGCCUUGACCAAACGCGCCCAGGCCCAGCUCGCUGCCCGGACUCGGAAGGAGCAGGCGAGAAAGCGCAGUGAGGAGCAGGAGCAUAUGCAGCAACUUCAGGAUGAUGUUAAGAAGCAAGCGGCGGAGAUCGCGAACAGGCGCGAAGCGGGCCUCCGCGAGACGAUGCCCCUGUUCAGCAAGAUGGACCCGGCGAUGCUGCCCGAGACUACUCUGAUUCCGCGUGUCGCCGUGGAGAGUGCCAUUUUCAACGUGGACCAGCCGCUUCUCCUUACUCUGCCAGACACCGCACGCUUCCUGACCAUCAAGAGCGCUGCAAAGGCCGCGGGCGCCUGGUCCGCGAACUACAAGAAGGAGGAUGCGUUCAACGAGUCUGGCAAGGCGUCCGCCCUGCUGAAGGACGUUGCGAAGCUCCAUUCCAACGCGUUCUUUUCCACCUUCCCCGACUCCUGCUUCGACUCACCCGAGAUGAUGGAUCUGAGCACCGUUUCGAAGACGUUUGAGGGCCAAGUGCAUUUUUUCGGCCACGCCCCUGGGUACAACGCUGCCUCGGUGACCCCCAACGCGUCCCCUUGCGCGAAGCUCCUCGCGGCAGGGGAAGUUGACCGCUACACCUUUAGUAUCUUCGAGUUCGUGAGCGCCUGGGAGACGAUCCACAAACCCGAGAAGAUGAAGAGCAUGGACCAUCUCUACACGCACGUGAAGAAUAUGUCACAGGAAACUUCCGAAGAAACGACGGGUGCGAAGCCGAAUUUCCUGCGCCGCUGCACGCAGACGUCGAACCAGAUGCUGUGGAUCCCGACUAGCUACGUUCAUCGUGAAAGAGCUCGUGGAACUGUCGUCGCAGGCAUCCGCAAUUCGUUCUUCCCCAACUCGCCAGCAAGGGCUGCGAGCUACCAGCUGGCCGCCGACCUCAUCAGUCGCUCCGGGACGGACACGAAGACCAUGGCCGAAAUCCUCGGGCUGAUGCCAGGGGCAGGAAUUGAGCCAGCUCUGGACCAGGAGCACCACGCCCGGGCGCGGCCCCGCGCGGAGGAGCUCGGGGAGCGGGAGGCGGAGCGCACGCGCAUGCUCCGGCUCUACCAGGAGGCCCUGGACGAGCGCCAGCGCAACCAGGCCGCGAUCGCGGAGGCGUCGGGCCAGGCCGAGACGGCGGAGCACCAGGCGAAGGCCUUGCAGAUGAGGCUCCUCGGGGUCACCGACGGCGGGGAGAGCACCAGGGCCCGCCUCCUGCGGGAGAGCGCCGAGCUGGUCGCCGCGCGCGCUCGGCUCAGCGACGUGGCGCGGGCCCUGGAGAUGCAGGAGCUGACCGAGGAGGCUUCUGGGGCGGAUCGCGCGAGGCUUCGGCAUGCUGUGAGCACCAAGACGGCCGAGAUCAGUGAGGCUCGUUGA